AUGAAUAGAAAAGCUAAAAUUCUGAUACUUCCUGGUGAUAAUUGUGGUCCAGAAGUUGUAGCUGAAGGUGUAAAGGUUUUAAAUUUAAUUUCAAAAACUCGUUCAAAACAUAAUGGCGUGGAAUUUAACUUAACUGAGGCAAAAAUUGGCGGAUGUGCUAUUGAUAGUACAGGCACAUCACUUCCGUCAGAAACUCUUGAAGCUGCUAAAAACUCUGAUGCAAUUCUUCUUGGUGCAGUUGGAGGACCACAAUGGCCAAAACCUAUUGAUCCAAAUAAUCCUUCUAGUGGUUUAGGCCCAAGACCUGAACAAGGUUUAUUGGAUAUUAGAAAGUCACUUGAUUUGUUUGCAAAUUUAAGGCCAUGUUCGUUUGCAAGUGAUUCCUUGGUUGCUUAUUCUCCUUUAAAAGAAAAUAUUGUCAAGGGCACAGAAUUUACUAUAGUUAGAGAACUGGUUGGUGGCAUUUAUUUUGGUGAUAGAAAAGAAGAAGAUGAGAAUGGUCAGGCUUAUGAUAUCCUUCCUUAUUCUGUUGAAGAAGUUAAAAGAAUAACACGUUUGGCUGCUCAUCUUGCCCUUGAAAAAAAUCCUCCUGCAACAAUUCACUCGCUUGAUAAAGCAAAUGUUUUGGCUACAUCAAGACUUUGGCGCCGUGUAGUUACUGAAACAUUAAAAAAUGAAUUUCCUAAUGUCCCUUUUAAGCAUCAUUAUAUUGAUGCUGCUUCAAUGUUCUUAGUUAAAAGUCCAACUAUAUUGAAUGGAAUUAUUCUUACGGAAAAUUUAUUUGGUGAUAUUUUGAGUGAUGAAGCAAGUGUUAUUCCCGGUAGUUUAGGAUUGUUGCCUUCUGCUAGCUUAAAUGGGUUACCUGACGGGAAAAGUAAAUGUCUUGGUUUAUAUGAACCAAUUCAUGGCUCUGCUCCUGAUAUUGCUGGUAAAGGUAUAGUUAACCCUAUUGCAACCAUUCUUAGUAUUGCAAUGAUGUUACGUUACUCUUUACAUUUGGAACGUGAGGCAAAAGCUGUAGAAGAUGCAGUACGUAAAGUAUUAGAUGAUGAAGACUUUGGCGGAUUUGGUUUUCGUACGAAAGAUUUAGGUGGUAAUAAAACCACUGUUGAAAUUGGUAACAAAGUAGUUGAAGUACUUGAAGGAUAUUUAGAAGGAAUAAAUUCAGAAGAUCGCAUUUUAAAUGUAAAUCCAAAGCGCAAUUUGAUUUUUGAAAGGCCUUCUGGACGUAGAGGAAUGACAAUUUGUGAAAAAAUCAUCACGCAUUCUGCUAUUGGUUUACAACCACCUGGAGAUGUUAAACCAGGUGAUAUGAUUUGUGUCUCUGUUGAUUGGACUUUAGCUUCGGAGCUUACUUGGAAAGGAAUGGAAAAAACUUAUGAUAUUAUGGGUAGACCAAGUAUUUAUCGUAAUGACAGGUUUUGGUUAGCUAUUGAUCAUUCAGUUGACCCACGCAUAAAUCAUUUGCCCAAGCCUAAAGGACUUAUCAAAGCAUCUGAGGAAUUUGCUAAAGAAGCUAAAUUGGUUGAUUUCUACAAACCAAAUCAUACAAUAUUACACACAGAAUUUUAUCGUGAAAGAGCUCAACCAGGUCAAAUGAUUAUCGGUGCUGAUUCACAUACUUGUUCAGCAGGUUCGGUAGGCGCAUUUGCUGUUGGAUUAGGUGCAGCUGAUGUGGUUAUGCCCAUGAUAACAGGCGAGACAUGGUUUAAAGUGCCUGAAACAGUUGAAAUAAAAUUUAUAGGCAAACCUAGAUUUGGUAUUGGUGGUAAAGAUACAAUUUUACAUGUACUUGGUGAACUUAAAAGAAAUACGGUGGCAUUUGAAAGAGCUGUUGAGUAUACAGGACCCGGGCUUCAAUAUCUUUCAUGUGAUGGAAGAUUUGCCAUUUCUAAUAUGGCGACAGAAUUUGGAGGUAUAGCAGGUGUUUGUGAAGCUGAUGAAAUCACAGCAGCGUUUAUUGCAAAACGAAAAAAUCCUUCACAUAAAAAUUCAGCAUUAUAUUUUAAGGCAGACCCUGAUGCACAAUAUGCAGAAACUCACAUCAUAGAUUUAUCAAAAAUCGAACCUUUAGUUGCAUUGUACCCAUCACCUGAUAAUGUUGUAAAGGCUAAAGAAGUUGAAGGCAAAAAACUUGAUGGGGUAUUUAUAGGAGCAUGUACAACAGCAGAAGAAGAUUUAAUUUUAGCAGCAAUGGUAUUAGAACAAGGAUUAAAGAAAGGAUUAAGACCAACCAUAACAGGGAUAAGAAAAGUCACUCCAGGCAGUUUGCCAAUUGUAGCAAAAUUAAAAAGAUUAGGAUUAUUAAAAAUUUAUGAACAAGCUGGUUUUGAAAUUGGAGCACCAGGAUGUUCAUAUUGUAUUGCAGUUGCAGCAGAUCAUGCAGGAGAAGGUGAGAUUUGGCUUAGUAGUCAAAAUCGUAAUUUCAGAAAUAGAAUGGGAAAAGGGGCUAUUGGAAAUUUAGCAUCAGCUGCUACAGUGGCAGCAUCAUCCUUUGAAAUGUCAGUUAAAGAUCCAACAGAUCUACUUAAUAGUGUUGAUGUAAAAAAAUAUAAAGAAUAUCUUAACGAAUGGUUAGAUAAAAAAGGUUCGAUUACUAUUUCUGAACCAAAUCCUAUUUUGCAAGGUUCAAACAAUUUAUCAGAAGGUUCAUCAGAAGGUCCAUCAGCUAAUUCAUCGGCAGAAGCAGAAACUUUGCCAACAAUGAUCAAAGGUAAAGUUCAAAGAUUUGAAGAUAAUAUUGACACUGACGCAAUUAUACCAGCACAAUUUAUGCCAGGCACAAGUGACGAAGACUUGGGCAGCCAUGCAUUUCAAUAUGUCAAACCAGAUUUUGUACAAAAAGUUAAGGAUGGUUUAGACAUUGUAGUUGCUGGUGCGGGAUUUGGAUCAGGUAGUUCCAGAGAAGAAGCUCCUAGAGCCUUAAAAGGUGCAGGAAUUAAAGCUGUCAUUGCAAAAAGUUAUGCUUAUAUUUAUAGUAGAAAUCAGCCGAAUAUGGCACUUUUAGGUAUUACAGUAGACGAUGAUGAAUUUUAUGAAUUGGCACAAGAAGAGGAGGAAGUAACGAUUGAUGUUAAGAAUCGAAAAGUUAUUUGUUGCGAGAAGGAAUUUAAAUUCAGAUUAUCUUUGAUGGAAGAGAGAUUGAUUGCAGCUGGUGGGGUAACAAAAAUGUAUGAAAAAUACGGAAUUAAAUUAUUUAGAGAAGCUGUGGCUAAUAACGAACAGAUUGGUAGUUGUGGAA